CUUUUAGUAAGUCUUUAAAGACGUCCUCUUUAAUCAUGAACAACUGAAACCAAGGUUCUUAACCUAACCCAAUCGGAGCACUGAGCACGCGUCGGCUGAUCGAAGUAUCUUCAGGCACCAGGAACUCAUCUACUCUAGCAGAUUCCACCUCGUUUUGAGGCUGCUGUCUGCGCUUAACGGAAAUUCAUAAACCGACUACUCACAGUCGAUAUACAACUUCCUCGCCGCAAACCCCUGCAGCUUUUGUCGGGCUCUCUCUCAGUCGCAAUGACAUUUGAUCAAUCCCAUUGACUAUACGUGGUGAAAUCAUGACAUCUUCGACUGGAGCUGCUCUUCAGGAUACUCCAAAAUCCACAAGCAAGCUUGACAUAUGCGAAGGUCUUGAAUUUAUUUGGGGCAAGAAGAGAGGAGUUGGUGGAAAGCGGAAAGAGGUCCAAUUUUAUGAAUCUUUUACAUAUGAUGGCAUUGGGUAUGCACUUUAUGAUUGUGUGUAUAUGCACAAGGAAGGUGAACCUGAACCAUACAUCGGAAAGCUUAUUAAAAUCUGGGAAAAUGCAGAUAGGUCCAAGAAAGUAAAGCUUCAAUGGUUUUUUCGACCUUCAGAAAUUCUGAAUUAUCUAAAGGAUGAAAAUUUUAUGGGGAAUGAAAUAUUUCUUGCCUCUGGUGAAGGGCAUGGUCUCUCCAAUGUCAACUCACUGGAAGCAAUUGCUGGGAAAUGCAAUGUUGUUUGUAUUUCAGAGGACAAGAGAAACCGUCAACCUUCCGAGGAAGAGCUUAAGGCUGCUGAUUAUAUAUUUUACCGGGUGUUCGAUGUUGCAAAACUUACCUUGGAUCAGAUAGGUGACAGUGACAUAGUUGGUGGCCUGGAAGUUAAGUUUGUGUUUAAUCGAAAUGAAAGCGAAAAGGCCCGCGAGGUUCUCAAAAUAGCUUCUGAUUGUGAUGAAGAUUCGAAUGCUACUGUGCAGUAUAGUAUGCAGAACUCAUCUAAUGGAUUGGAUAUUGAAAAGGGUAAUGCAAAUUCAAGUUCUUUAGUUUUGAGAAAUAAUGAGCCAGAAGAAAUGCGUGGAGAUGGAAAUGUUCUGUCCAGUGAGUUAGAUUCAACAACUGAGGUGAAGUUUACUGCCAUGCAGCAAAUUGAAGACAACAAAGUGGCAAAUGGAAUUAUCCUACAAGAGGAUAUAUCUGCUAACAAGACAGUUAACAAGAUCACUGGCAAUGACACAAAGCAUAUAAGAAGUUCUGGUACUUCAGACAGUGGGGCUAUAAACCGAGUGAAACAUGAUUCUGCUAUGCCCUUGGAGUACAAGGAUCCAAAGGGUAAUAAAAGGUCAAGUAUGAAUGACGCAAAACCACAAGUUGGAGGUGUCACUAGCUCUGAACAUACAGAAAAAGCUGAUAAUGUCAAAAAUCAUUGUGAGCUGGGAAAGGAAAUGAAACCUGGAAAGGAUUCCAAUCUUGAUUUAGACAGGCCUUGGAAGAAGGCCAAGAUUGAUUUCUCUGCCACAAUACCUGGAGAUAAGAAUAAAAGUGAUGUUCCUGAAUCUAAUUGUAGGUCUGGAGGGAAUGAGGACAAAGUUAUCCCAAAAGCUGUGAAUUCCUCUCAAAAAGAGAUUUCUAGAACUUCUAAAAUCUCUGAUGGAUUGGAUAAUAACUCAAACAGUGAAAUUCCUUACAUGGAUGAAGCUAAAAGUCUUGUUAAAUCUACCAUCGCUGCAGCAGGAAAAACAAAGACCAAACCUGGACAAGUUGGACAAUUGUAUGAGACGGCAAAGGAGGACAAAUCUGGAAAGGAUUCUAUUAUUGUAGGAGAUGGAGCUUCAAAGAAGGCAAAUGUUGGUAUUAGUGAUAAAAUAUUUAUGGAUGGGAAAUAUAAUGCUCAAAGAACUAGUAAUAAGCAAGGAGAGAAGGAUGGCAAUGUUUUGUUAAAGCCCACUAACUCCUUUAAAGAGCGGGCUAUGCAUCCUAAAGCCACACAUGGAUUAGACGAGGGCCUUCCAACGGUUAAAUCUUCGAUGAAACUAAAUAAGCUCUCUAGUAGCAACAUCUCAUCAUUGGGUGAUGCUUCAACAAAUGCAAUUAAAGAUUUGAACAACAAAAGUAUUGAAGUGGCUCCAAAAGCUAAAUCUUCUAUGAAACCAAACAAGCUCUCUAAUAUCAACACCUCAAGGCUAAGCGGAGCGUCAAAUGCAAUUGAAAAGUUGCACGACAAUGGCAUCGAAGUGACUCCAAGACAUGCCGAGUCAGUCACAUGGUUCAAGGAGCUUUCGUGGGAGGAGAGAAUGCAAACUGCAAAUGAUCAAGGGACCCUUGUCCUACUCCAAAAUUUGGACCCUGGAUUUAUCUCAGCAGAAGUAGAGGAUAUAAUAUGGCAUGCCUUUAAGGAGAAAUGCUCAGCAAAAAUUAUCCAGCAUACUGCUUUCUCUAACCCUAAUACUGGUCAAGCUUUGGCUAUUUUCAAAACAAGAGAAGCAGCACAGAGGGUCAAAAGAACAUUAGAUAACAAAUACUUAAUGGUGUCAGAUCAAAGGCCACUUGUUGCUGACAUUAUUGCAAUUCCCAAGUCCCAAAGAAGCACGUCUUCAUUUGUUGGCCAUCUUGUUAUUGAUAAAGUUAGGCAUCAAAUGCAAAGAGAAAUGCGAGAAGCAGUAUCUACUUCUCACUGCUCUCAGCCGAACACUAUUGAAUAUGAAAUGGCCAUGGAGUGGCGGUUAAGGCAAUGUCGAUCUGAAUUUUGCUGGAAGAAGCUGCACAACCAACAGAGAAAAGAGUUUGAGAGGGUCAUAGCCAAUUUGAAGGCAGAUUGAGACUGUCAUGCGUAAUAUGCCAUAGUGCAGGGAGAAUAAGAUAGCAAUGGCACCAUCCUCAAAUUUUGACGGCAACAGAGUUUUUGCUUCAUCAAAAGUGCCUCUGUUAAUAUUUUGUUUUUCCUGCGUGUAAUUAAUCACUCGAUGGAUUGCGUAGCUGUAUUCCAGUGAGAUGGACAUUUGAUGCAAUGCUUCAAUGCUUUAAAAGUAGUAGAAUUAAAAGUAGUCUUGCAAUGCCAUAGCGGUAGACCCGGGCGGUUAGUUAACCUAUUUUUUGCAAAACAUAAUAAAGUUAGUAGGUACCUUAUUUUGAAGAGAAGGUACCCUUUCCGUUUUUACUUGGUUUCAG